UAUUUUGUAGCAAAAUGACUAGAACGAGUCAUAAGAAAAACCGUCCGUUUGAUUUUAAAUUAAUAUCGCUUGUGGAACCCCAUCCGGUGCUUUAUCAGCGGCACUGGAGUGGUCUUUCGACUUUCGACUGUAUGAAGGAGAAAACUCGUAUAUGGAAUGAGAUUGCCAAAGAUAUGGAAGCCAGUGCCGACUUUUGCAUCAGUCGUUGGAACAAUUUAAAAAAUCAUUUUUUUCGUGAACUGCGCCACUGUCACCAGCUAUGCCCUAAGGAAGGCAUUAUUCGGGGGUCAACGUGGCCUUAUUUGGAGAGAAUGCAUUUUCUCCAAAGAACGGCACCAUUUAAUAAGCCUAGUAAAUGUGAACAGACCUAUCGGUCUGUGGAACACUUGGAAUCAGCGGAAGAAGAAAUGUCCGAGACCCAAUCAAAUGAUAACUUGCAGCCUAAUGAGAGUUACAUAGAGUUUGAAGAAUUAUCAAAUGAUAUUUUAGAUAACGAGAAAAGUGUCGUAUUACCAGAUCCCGACCAAAUGAUUAAAGAGCGUUUGGAGAAUUUCAACCAAAUGGCAGAGUUGUUGAAGAACAUUCCCAGCGAGACCAAAAUUCAAGCAGAACGUCGUAUAAUGGCUUAUUUAUGUAAAUGUCAAUUAAGAGCCUUAGUAAAUAAGGGAAUUGACGACUUGUCAAUUUGAAAACGAAAUCAUGGUUGCAUAUUUCCUCUUGUGCGAAAUUAACUGCUUAUACAUAUGAGAAAGUGUUGUCCAAAAAGGUACACAUGUCAAAACGAAACGAUUUUGAAUUAUCUCGAAAAACUGCUUGAGCGAAUGGACACGAGUCCUUUUGUUUCAGCAAUGAACUGAAAUUUGAUGAAUGUAGAUAGAUGGAAACAAUAUCCAACCGAAAUCUAAUUUUUGUUUACUUCUGCACAUCACCUCCUCAUAUGUAUGUUGUAGCAAAGCUAGAGUUGCAUUGUCUUGUAUAUGUGUAUAUGUAUAUUUCAUAGACCUGACAAAAAAUAAACUUUAAUCUCACGGUUACUUAAA